GUAGCAGACUGCUCACAUCACAACAAUCAACAUGGAUUAUCAAAAUCGCGUGGGUUCAAAAUUCGGCGGAGGAGGUGUAGCCUCCCACUCCGCCACCAACGCUGACCGUCGCGAACGCCUUCGCAAACUUGCCUUGGAACACAUCGAUCUCGACAAAGACCCGUACUUCUUCAAAAACCACGUUGGCAGCUUUGAAUGCCGUCUUUGUCUAACCGUUCACCAAAAUGACGGCUCCUACCUCGCCCACACCCAGGGCCGCAAACAUCAGACCAACCUCGCCCGGCGCGCCGCCCGGGAGCAGAAAGAAGGCAAAUCUCAAGCCGAUGGCUCUUUACUCCCUGCUGGCAUGGGUGUACAAGUGAAGCGCAACACAGUCAAGAUAGGUCGCCCGGGCUACAAGAUCACCAAGAUCCGAGACCCGCUCACAAGGCAGCACGGCCUCCUUUUCCAGCUACAGUAUCAGGAAAUUACGCCUGGCGUUGUGCCGCGCGUGAGAUUCAUGUCUGCUUUUGAGCAGAAGGUGGAUGAUCCGCCGGACAAAAACUUUCAGUACCUUCUUGUUGCAGCGGAGCCAUAUCAGACGUGUGGAUUUAAGUUGCAGGCGAGAGAAGUGGAUCGGAGAGAGGGCAAGUUUUGGACCUGGUUUGAUGAGGACAGUAAGGAGUUUUGGGUGCAGAUACUGUUCAAGACGGAGAGAGAAGAGAGAUACUCCGGUGUGCCUGGUCUGGCUCCAAGUCUACCGAGGCGAUGAGUUGGGAGAUUAUCAGUGAUAUGCUUAGAUUCUGCUUGGGAGUUUGGGGCUGGAUGGUCUGGAGUUAGAAUGUCAAAAUUGGGCUGGUUCUUCGGAUUAGGAGUUCUAUGCAAUCGAAUAUGUAACACAUAUGUCUAUACAACUUAUAGCUCAAUUGGCAUUUCUUUUAAGCACCGUCUCCAUGUUGAUGGGGUAUAAAAGCAUCUAUAUUUUGAAGGUUUGUAAAUGCUUACGAGAGUCAAGGUGUCGAUUGCGAUGUGCGUAGCGAGCCGGAACUUGAUCAAAGCUUCGCAGUCCUGAUCUUCUUUUGGACGAUUCCGUUUUUUAAAACUUAGCCCUGACAUUCAAAGAACACGCGUAUAGUCGCAUUACGUAUUGGACAGGGCUUCUUAGAGAACGAAAAAGAGGUUGGGGUCAUUAAAAUAUUGUCAUAUCCGGUAAGAGACUCGAUAGUUUGAAGAAUUAUUUUCCAAAGUGAAGAUGUGCCAUUCGGGUGUAAUGUAGUUCGGACAACACCAUCUCUUGGAAGAUAACUUAACUAGCUUGGAAGGCAUUGAAAGCCUUGUAGGUGUACCCAAUGAACGGAAGACUCAUCUCAGCUUCCUGUUCUUCCGGCAUAGCACGAGCUUGAGCACGUAGCUGAGCACUGUUGUCCUCCUGAGGAAUCUCGUCGAUGGGGAAGUAAGAAACGUCAAUGUUAGAAGUAAGUCUGGGUUCGAACGGAGCGCGAAUCUUGCGAAGUUGAUCCCAGACGACUCCACGGA